UUGGAGGUGCCAAUCUUCCUUAGUUCUCCAAUUUGAUUAUAAAUUUUGUUACGGCGCUGCCAAUAUUAACCUUUUUCCUUAUUGCUAUAGCUAUUGCACUCUUCUUUACUUGCCAAAAAAAGAUGGAGUUCAAUGCCCAAAAUUCUAGUAAAUCUCAGCAAAUAGGGUGGAGAUCAGAUGAUUUGGGUGGUCCUGGACAAGUUAGGUCUUAUUCUUGUACCUUUUGCAAGAGAGGGUUCUCAAAUGCACAAGCACUAGGUGGCCACAUGAAUAUCCAUAGAAGGGAUAGAGCCAAGCUCAAGCAAUCUUCCGAAGAAAACUUGCUUUCUUUGGACAUUUCAAUGAAGAGCACAGAGCACCUUGAUUCAGAAGAGAACCUAGCACCUCAAAAAGGCAAGCUGGUAAGUGCAACAACAGCAGAACAUCCUCGUAAUCCUUCAUAUGUUGCCAAAGCAACUGGUAGUAGUGUUGUUGUACAGAUGAGCAGUGAAGAGGAGAAAACAGAUUUAGACCUUGAGCUCAGGUUAGGCUUUGAACCGCUUGGGUCAUCAAUAUUGAGCACCAGAGCGUUCUUUUGAUUGGUUUCUAUCGGAGAAUCAGCAGCCGAAGGUCACAUUUUUUACGUGCCUACCAGCUCUUUGCAAUUUAGUUUAAGUAAUUAAAUUUAAAAUGAAAAUUACAUUAAAUUUAAAGGAGAUGUGUAUUUUAUGAGAAUAUUUUGAGAAUAUAAAAAUAAAUCAUUACUACUACAUCUAAUCAUGAAUGGUUAUGAUCAAAACAAAUUGAUAUAUAGUCAUGCGAUAGUCACGUGAUCAUUUAAAAAUAUCAUGUGACUUUUGACUUAAUGUUUUAAAUCUUAAUCAUUCAUGAUUAAAUCUAAUAAUUAUAAUUUAUUUUUAUAUUCUCAUAGUGACUAUUUCUCUUAAAAUACCUCUUCAAAUUUAAACUCUAAAUAAAUAUACAUGCGCUCUUGUAUGUUAAUAUUCCUUGUAUUUUUCUCCUGUCAGCAGAUGAGUUUGCCGUUAUUUUGGCAUUGUCUCUCUGUUUUUUUUGUUCUUUUAGUAAUUAGUGCCAUACUUGUUCUCUAGCUACUUUAUAUAAAGAAAAUAAACUAUUGCUUAGGCGAUGAACAUAAAUUUAAGCUAUUAUUGAAAGUUCUUUUGUUUUGUGUGUUAUGUAAAAGAUAUUCGUUGGAUUCUAAAUGUAAUUCUCCCAAUUAUAAGUUAUAUAA